AUGCUCACCGACGAUUUCGGGCCAGAAGUCCGAGUGGAAUAUAUUUACGACGCUUAUGGAUGUGAACAAAGCUUUACUCUUUGCAAAGCUUGUAACCUCAGCUACUGGUGCCGGUCGUGCCGAAGUUGUCAUGGAUGCUAUGAUGCUAAAACUAGAUGCACAGCAACAUGUCGCCAUCAAGAUGGGAAAGUUUGUAUCGUCGCGAAACGAUCAUUCGACACGAAGAAGCAGCAGUUCGACUUCGUCAACCGGUUCACGAGGACGUUCCCGGACUUUUGGAGCUACACACUGUCGGCACAUGACCGAAAGGUAGCCCGUCACGCGAAAAAGCUCGAUUUCGUCCACGGCCCCUUCCGAUAUUACAUGGACAACUGGGUGGCCGAGUUUGAGAACGAGGACAACCGGCCUAGCGAGAUGGAUAUGGAGGAGCAGUGGGGGUUGGAUGUCAUUCCGACACCAGCUUUUGCCAGCGUGGCGCUGACCGGCUAUGAAGGCGAAGACCCAGCUGAUUAUGCGAGCUUCUGGAGACCGCUAAGAAAUUUCCCGUUCCUCGAGUUCACGAUCCCCGACCGAGAAAAUGAGUGCUGGGUGGCGAUGUGGGACGAGUACGACGUUUUUGAGCAGGCGCUGAUUCAUUGCCCUCCCGAGGUUGAACAAAAACGGAUAAUCAUCGCCGAGCAGCCGGAUCAUCACGACGUUUUCGCCGAUGGUGUCGAAUUCGAAGCUCACGUCAAAGAUAUGCUCGAAACAUUAACGCCGAAAAUUCGUGCUCAAACUCAAGCUUAUCGAGCUAUGCGGUCACUGCUCCUCGUCACAUUUCUCGUGGCUCUUAUUUCAUUCUUGAGCGUCUCCUCGGCGGCUCCAGCCGAGAAUGUCGACGCGUACGUGCGAUCGUGGGCUGACUACGCGCCCGAGCCCUUCCAGCUGAGGAAGAAAUGGAGCCGACUCGAGCCGAGCAUCCGCUUCUUCAAGCGCUCCGGAGGCUAU